UUACAUCCUUUGAGAACUCAAAGGAUUGAGAGACAAACAAUGGGAAGAAGUUCAGUAGUUGUUGAUUUUGUUUUUGUCAUUUCAUGUGGGUUAUUGUGUCAUGCUGAACCACUGAAUCAAGGGGAACUAUCUUUAGACCAGGGCUUUAGUCAAAAUUACAUCUUCAGACAUCCAAUGCCAGGGCAAGGGCCUGCACAGACCGAUCAAAAUGUGGUAGCAUCCAACAUUCUUCAAAACCUCCUUGAAUCCAGGAGACCAAUGCAAGUACACUCCCAGAGAACCAACUACGCAUCCGGGCCUCUUCAACCUAGCAGGCCUUUGCAAAGCCAAGGACAUUUUGGACUAACACAACCUGAACAAACACUUGAGACUUUCUCGCAAACCCAACAGGGAUUCCAGAAGCCCAUUCCUGGUCCUGACCUCUAUCCCGACGUGAAGGAUGAGGUGAUUAUCGAGCCAGAUUUUGAACCCAAGGUGCCAGUGCCAGCAAACACUGUGGAGGUUCAAUGUGGAGAGGACUCUAUCAAAGUGCAGGUGAAGCAGGAUUUCUUGGGGAACAAUCAGUUCAUCAACCCGUCUGAUCUGACGCUGGGUGGUUGUCCAUCUGUUGGAGUUGAUGACCAUGCCAGGAUUGUUGCCUUUGAGUCAGCACUACAAGGAUGUGGGAGCACAUUAAUGAUGACUGAAGACACACUUGUUUAUUCCUUUGUUUUGGUAUAUACACCUUCACCUGUUCCUAACACCCCUAUUGUGAAAACUAAUGAAGCUACGGUUGCACUUCAUUGCAUUUACCCAAGGAAACACAAUGUCAGUAGCAACGCAUUGCAUCCCACAUGGAUUCCCUAUGCUGCAGCGAGAUCUGGCGAAGAACAUCUACACUUCUCCCUCAAACUCAUGACUGAUGACUGGAGGUUUGAGCGUCCCUCUAACGCCUACUUUCUGGGAGAUUUCAUAAACCUAGAAGCCUCAGUGGUCCGUGCUAAUCACGUUCCUCUGCGGGUGUUUGUGGAAAGCUGCGCAGCUACUAUGGACCCCAGCCGGGAAGCCGCCAACAUGUACACGUUCAUCGAGAACAGCGGGUGCAUGACGGAUGCCAAGCUGACGAACUCCAGGUCCAGGUUCAUGUCCAGGAUACAGGACGACAAGUUACAAUUUCAGAUCGAGGCGUUCAGGUUUAAACAAGAUUCCCAAGGAAUGAUCUACAUCACUUGUCAUUUGAAGGCUACUACCACAUCCAGUCCCAUUGAUAUGAUGAACAAGGCCUGCUCAUUUGUUCAAGAAACAAACAGCUGGACUGCUGUUAACGGAGACGAUCAGCUGUGUGGAUGUUGUGAGACCAGCUGUGCCAUGAGGAAGGGCAGAAGUCUGGAUACUGAUAAUUCCACAUUGGAAGAUGAGGCCACUAUUGGACCUAUUUUUGUCCAUGAACGGGAAUCAACGGAGGAUGAGCCUUUACUGCAAAUUCAAGAGUCUUCUCAAGUGUCAGCAGAAGACACAGAUCACCAUGUUGACAUCUUUCAGUCAAGUCAGAAGAAUCUUACUGACCACAAACUUUUGAACGAGUUCUCUAUGGAGUUGAUGCUCAUGACCGGUUUGGUGGUUGCAGCAGGACUUUUGUUUGUCAUUAUCUUUGGAACAUUGUUUUACCAAAGGCGGCGGAAACGGCUUGCAUUGACUUGUGAAUGGCAAUAAAAGCUGUUUUAUCUAA